UCCUCUUCCAACGUCUCCCUCCCUCUGAAACACUCUCGUUGGCGAUACAGUCGAGAAGAAAAAACAAAUACGGAGAAGACCGGACGUCCGGAGACGAUGGCAAUGUCGCCGGAGAAUUUCUUCACCGCCUUGUUCACUUUCACGGUCCUGUUGUCUGCUUCGGCCUUAUCCCAUGGCUCAGUGCCUCCUCGUACGUUGUCUCAUGGCCUGUCCACGAGCGGCUAUUACUUGACCUCGGAUGAGCUCUGGUUCAAUCAAACACUUGAUCACUACUCUCCUUACGAUCACCGCAAAUUCAGACAGCGAUACUAUGAAUUCCUAGAUUAUUUCCGGGCACCCGAUGGGCCAAUCUUUCUGAGAAUCUGCGGGGAAGGUCCUUGCAAUGGCAUCCCCAACGAUUAUCUCGGUGUAUUAGCAAAGAAGUUCGAAGCGGCUGUAGUUUCGCUCGAGCAUCGGUAUUAUGGGAAGAGCUCACCAUUCAACUCUUUGGCCACAGAGAAUCUUAGAUAUCUAUCAUCGAAACAAGCCCUUUUCGAUUUAGCCGCUUUCCGUCGGUAUUACCAGGAUUCUAUGGAUGUUAGGUUGAACAGAAGCAGUGGUUUUGAUAAUCCAUGGUUCUUUUUCGGGACAUCUUAUCCCGGGGCUCUAAGCGCGUGGUUCCGUCUUAAGUUCCCUCAUUUGACGUGCGGAAGUCUUGCCAGUUCUGCAGUUGUUCGUGCUGUCUACGAGUUCCCUGAGUUCGAUCAACAGAUUGGUGAGUCUGCCGGUCCUGAAUGCAAAGCCGUUCUUCAGGAGACUAAUGAACUCCUCGAACAAAUGCUUAAAGUGAAUGGAAAGGCGGUGAAAGAACUCUUCAACGCCUCCGAGCUUGACAUUGAUGCUGAUUUCUUGUACUUCAUCGCUGAUGCAGCAGUUAUGGCGUUCCAAUACGGAAACCCUGAUAAACUGUGUAUCCCCAUGGUUGGAGCGAAGGAUAGCGGAAGUGAUUUAGUGGAAGCGUAUGCCAAAUACGUCAAAGAGUUCUGCAUGGGAGUUUUUGGACUGAGUGCUAAAACAUACAGCAGGAAACAUCUGAGAGAAACUGCCGUUACCAAAGACAGCGCAGAUCGGCUUUGGUGGUUCCAAGUUUGCACCGAAGUGGCGUAUUUUCAGGUGGCACCGGCAAAUGAUAGUGUCCGGUCUCAGCAAGUGAAUACAGAGUAUCAUUUGGAUGUAUGCAGGUCUUUGUUUGGGAAGGGUGUUUAUCCUGAAGUUGAUGCAACAAAUCUGUAUUAUGGAGGCGAUAAAAUUGUCGCUACGAAAAUCAUUUUCACGAAUGGGUCACAAGAUCCAUGGCGCCAUGCCUCCAAGCAAACCUCAUCUCCUGAUCUGCCGUCCUACAUAAUAACAUGCCACAACUGUGGCCAUGGGACCGAUCUACGAGGAUGCCCCCAAUCUCCACUAGUCAUUGAAGGAAGCGCCAAGAAUUGCAGUUCGCCAGAUGCGGUGAAGAAAGUGAGGCAACAGAUGGUAGAACACAUCGAUCUCUGGCUUUCAGAGUGUCGUGGACAGCGUAGGAGUUCCAUGUAGUAGAACCAAACCAGCCAUCUUUUUAUUACACGCAGUUGCUGAGUUUGAGUUCCAUGUCCAUAUCCUGGAAAGCUCCAAAUCAAAAGCGUUGGUUCUGACUUGUGGGUAGCUGCUUCUGUUGUUUCUUGUACUUUCUACUGUACUCUGUAAGUGACAACACCACACGUAAUGUAACAAAGAUAGUUAUCAAACAAAUGGCUUUUUACUGUAUAUUUGGCGUUCUACAUA